AUGAGAUCGAACGAACAGACCAACGAGAAUGAAGAAAAAAUCGAAGAAUUCAUAAAAACAACGAAAAAAGAUGGAAAAAAGGAAGAUGAUUCAAAGAACAAGAAAGACAAAGAGAAGCGUCGAGAUUCCAUAACAGGUUCAACUCUGGAUACAAGUUCAUCAAGUAGUUCUGUAGAUUCGGAUGAAGUUGACAUGACAGAACACAACAACUCAAGAAGUACGAUGACUUCUGAAGAAUCGAAGCUACAAGUGGACAGAAAUCUAAGUCGAAAAGUCAACGAUUCUGUCAGUGAAGUAAUGAAGAGAAUUUCGAUGAUUUCAAAUAUGGGACUAGAUGAACCAUCUGAAUCAGUUGUGGAAUUAAACAACGACAGAAAAAAUAUGCAGAUAUUGGAAGCAGAUAAUGGUAUAGAUGAACGGAAUGGCCCAGGCAUCAGUGCAAAGAAAUCGAGAAAGCGCAAUCGGAAGCAAGGUAAAAAAGACAAACGAGACAUGCCAUCAGAUCAAAAUGAAAUGCUUUCCAAUGAAGGAAACCUUUUAUGCACAGCCGAUGAAGGCGCAAAAAGAGGAACAUUAGAGACACUGAAUGAUAGUGUUAUGGGUUCUUGUCCAAAACUGGGAGCCUGGAUGGUAAGAAAAGAAGUUAUGAGCGUCGAUGGAAUGGAGGCGUCGAAUUUAUUGUAUAUGACUGAUACCAGCAAUAGGUUUGCCCAGCGCUUCACUCAUUGGAUACGAAGUUUUUAUAACGCAGCUGUUGAUGGUGACAUUGAAGAAUUCAUGAUUAUGUUUAACUGUAUUUUGCAAAUUUUGAAAAAGAGUGCUGGUUGUGAUUAUUAUAAACGUAUGUCUGGACAUCAUUUGAAGGAGCAUGUGAUGAACAAUGUUAUCUGUGCAUUCUUUGAUAAAUCAGAGAAUACAUCUAUUUUGCAUCUCCUUUCACCAACCAAAAAUACCGACCGUCCAUGUAGUAUGAGAAACCAUGGUUACUGCAGAUUAAUUAAAAUGAUUUUGAGUAUGUUACCGUGGAAAAGUCGGAGAAUUUUACUUGCUACAUCUACAAAAAGAACAGGAAAAACUGCUUUGCAUUUGGCAGCUGCUACAGGACAGCCUUGUCAAAUGCAAGCUUUGAUGGAUUUUGGAGCUUGGCCAGAUUUCUUCGACCAUUCUGGGCGUGCACCAAUACAUUACGCAAUUAUGAGGAAUAACUUAGAAAUAGUAAAAUUGCUUCUGUGGUAUGGAGCAGACAUAUCAUUAAGAGAGCGUUCGGCGACACCUCUACAACUUGCAGGCUAUUCACCAACAACCACAUCGAUAUGUGAUUACCUGCACGCGCGAGUUAAUGCAUUGGAAAAAAUAUUUAUGCAAUGGAUCAGGAAGUAUGUGAGAGGUGUUUGGACACCUGUACAUGCUAUUUCUGAUUUGCAUUUUGCAAGAUUAUCAAAAGCAUGCGAUUCAGGAAGAGAUGCAUCCCGGAAUUUCACGACCAAAAAUCGUAAAAUUCAUAUAAAUAUUUCGAAGACACGCAAUGGUAACCCACAGCUGAAGAAAUGUCCGUUAAUGUUACUUUUCAUUGUACCAACAUUCUACAAAGGAGAAGACAGAAUAGCAGAUGCUUCUAAUCCACAGAUAUUUUGUGCAAAGAUGCAAAAUGUAAAUGGCUUUGUUGUUAAAUUACUUCCAUCGAGGCCACUAUUAAGUUGCUCGAAAUGGAGUAUUGGUAUCAAGUCAGCCCUCGAAAAACCUCAUAAUGGAUAUUUUUAUGUCUAUAAACUGCCGGAAAAUAUUGAAGUCGAUUCAUACACACUCCACUUAAUGGUAGAAUUAGAAGAACUACGCUUUCAAGCUCCUCACAUUACGCUUGCAAUACAGGCUUUUGCAUGUGGUCCACCAGAUUUGGAACAUUAUAAUGAACUGCGAGGUUUCGUAACUCACUCGAACAACAAGACCAAAACGGACUGA